AUGGACGUGUCGGGUAGCUUUAGUGGAGAUGAGCUCGUACCGGAAAGCUGCCUCGAGUCGGAAUGGAUUGAUGAAGAUGAGGUGUUUGCAAUUCUAAAACAAUGGGAAACACGCGACGAUCGCGGCAUCGGCAAAGCGGCAACAGCAGCCACCAGCGGCUGGUGCAAUCCGGCAGGCAACAGUCAUGGCGCCGGUCACAUCCUUCUGAACCAGAGCUUUACCAAUGAGAACAAUAGCAGUAGCAGCAGUACACCUGGAAAGCUAGACCAACUUACGACUGAAUGCACUACAGACUGUAUCAAAAAAGAGCCUUUGCUCGAUGAUUUCGACAGUGUAGAUCACGACAAGUGGCUGCUAAAUUCGAACAGCGGUAGUCACAAGUUCGUCGACACUGGCACGUUCACAAGACCUAAAAAAAGAAUGGAAUACAAUCCAUUGAACAGUAGUAGCACAACGUCCAUGGACAAAAAUACUUCGUCAACUUCUCACAGCGAGUUUGCUGUCAGUGGAGGAUCACCACUGCUUAAUGUACAAAUCGGCGGUCCCGUAACACCUUCGUCGCUGGCAACGUCUGCCCUCGCUACAUCUACAACUGGCAACCGACUGCUGAUGCAGCGCAGCUGGCUCAGCGAUGUCUCACCGCCCUGCUCGAUCAUGAACUCGAUGGAGUACUCGACGAACGAAAGGAUCGCCAACAGUCUUAUCACUAGUGGUGACUUUAACAGCGUCGGAUGUCUGCUCAAUGCGACCGAUGAAAAUCUGGUCGGGAGCACAAGCAUAGCGAACGUAGGAAAUGCCAGCUACAACGGAUACAAUCUGUACAGUGUGAUCGAGGAUAGGCAGCGGUUGGAGAAUCUGUGCCUGGAUGAGGAAAGUACACUUACGAAAGAUUGCAACAUCUCCCGUACGGAUCUGAACGCGAUCGAAAAUGUGUCGGGCGUAAGUACGAUGCAAAACUCUUAUGAAAGUGGUGGGCGAACGGCACCGUUGGUAAGCUCGUCGUGUAAAUCUUCGUUUGAGGAUGACUGUUCACCGGCCAUCGCCGAAGGAGAGGACACCGAGCGGGAGCUACGAACGGGGGUGAUUGAUACGACGAUCACAACCGCGAUUGCACCGAACGAUACGUUCCUUGUACCGACGGAAGUGCCAGAAACGGAGGCAGAACGGAUACUUGCUAGUAAGUUGCUGAUCAAUGGCGGAGGAACGUACGAUAUGAGACGUCCGCGUAACUUCAAAACGUAUCGCAAGCCACGCUCCUCGUUGAAUCAAACGUUUGGAAUUCCACGGAUUGAUAUGGAUGAUGGGAUAUCGUGUGGAACUGAUCAAGAAUCGACGAUUGUACCGCCGACCAAUGAGCAAACGUUCGUCGGACAGAUACCAAUCGCUGUAGGUGAUAAGAACGCAGUCAUGAACAGUACGUUUGGCAUUGUUGGUGACGAGCAGGUCGGGGGUGUUGGGAAUGGACAUGGAACGUUUGUGCGAAAUCGCACCAUCACUAACGACGGCGAUGUGCGAUUGUUGAAUUACACGCACGACAUCGAGGAACCUAAAGGAACUGUCGCUAGUGCUGCCGUUCCAUUCGAUCGCACCUUUAAGCGUGGUUCGCGUAAUGGCACGUUUACCGGUACAGAAGACGAAAUACGUCAUUUGCCGAUCGACAGCCCGCUCCGACCAUCGGGACGAGACAAGCAGGAAGAGGAAGGAACGGAACCACGAGAACAUCACACACCAAAUGGAACGUUUAGUGGACAGGCGAAUGCCAGUUCGAUGUUGGUACAGUCCACACCAUUCCAUGGCCCAUCAGUACUGGUAAAAGCGGCCCCGGAAAUCGAAGAGCUGUCACCGAUCGGACCCGAAACAGUCAAAAGGACUCCUCCAAGUGGUUUUGGACGUACCAUGGUACGACGCAGUCGAAAUCUAGAGCAAGACCUACGCAAUGCGGCCUUCGAAGAUCCGAGCCCGGCAUUGAUGCACGGUGGCGACCCCGACCUUGAAACGGAUGACUUCGAUGUACAGAUCCGACGGUUACCGAGCGCGGUUAACACCAACCCGACAGACAUAUCGAAUUUCCUCGACGCUGAGAAGCGCAUCUCACUGCAACACUUCGAGGAGUUUGAGAAAUCGAUACUGGAAAGCGAACACAGCGGGAUCGAUUUCGACGAGAUGCUCAACUCGCUCACGGCGGAUGUGCGCCGGGCGGAUGAAGCGAGUGACAAGCUAAGACAGUCACUGGACAACAUAAAAAAACGCCAUUCGCGCAUCAAUCUCGAAAAGCAGCAGCAGGAUGAGAUGAAGCGAAAGUUACAUCAGCAGCAGCCAGCGGCAACGGCGACGACGCUGCUCGAUGCACAACAAUGCGACAAUAAGCUGGCAGACUCGAUGCUAUCCAAGAGCGGUAGCAUGUGCUCGUCGACUGGAAGCGAAAGACUGUUAAACCGCAGAAGUAGAUACAACGAGGACGUACAUCUUACCCUAUCGCCGCAACAACAGCAACCGUCACUCAACACGACGGUAGUGAUACCGAAUGGAGGAUCAAUAACGGAUGUGCCCGCCGAAACGGACGAUCCCGUUCCUACCGGAAGCGAGGUAGAAACGUACGAUCGCAAAAAUAGGGAUCGCUUCAAGACGAUACGAUUGGGAAGGAAGCGGGACGAUUCACUCGGUGCCGUACUGCCCGAUGUGGACCAGGAGCUGGGCAUUAUCGGUCAGCCUAUGUUGAACGGUUCGGAGGAGGACAGUGGUAUUAGCAAUAGUGCCUUUAGCAGGGUAGAUCAUAACACACUGAACGGUGGGAGACUGGCGGCCGGUAGCAACAAUCUACCAACGAUGAAGACUGAACCCUCGGCAGAGGCCGGUGAGGGUGUAUUUAAAAAACCACAAGCAGUCCAUAACAUCCAGCAGCAGCAACCGUCGGGACUGGUGCGUCCUACUGCUGGCGAUAGCCGGUUGCGAAGUACACUCGCGAAGCCUCGUUACUAUGGUGCCGCUCCAGGUGGUAUCCAGCGCAAGGAUCUUACGCUUCCGCUCGGCGGCAGUAAGUCUAGUUCGACCGAUUGCUUGGAACAGCGGGAACAGGAACAGUACCUUCAGCAGCAGUUGCUCCAACAAAAGCAGCAGCUGGACAAAUCCCUCCCACAGACCGCAUCGCGACUUGCGACCACAUCCAAGCUCGGGGGUGGCAGUGGUGGACUGUUGGGCGUCGGAAGAUAUUCACAGUUUGGGCUAGCAAACAAGCAACUGCAGCUUCAACAGCAGCAACAGUCGCAAACAAAUGCUGCGAUACAGCAGCAGCAGCAUCAUCCAUCUGUCGUCGGUGGUGCGCCAGCCCUCAAGUCGCCGAUGGGCGCCAAGUCCAAAUCGUACCAUAGUCUCACGUUUGCCCAGGCUAGCAAUAGCAGCGGUUACGGAGGUUCGAGCGGCAAUCUCUCCAAGCUACAUGGAUCGUCUGCACUGCAGCUUAAACUGAAGCACAAUUCCAGCAACACGGAGCUGAAAAGUAACACAUCCAAGCGGUCCUCGCUGCAGCAGCAGGCAGCUUCCAACCUGCGGAAUGCGUCCAACGGCUACCAAUCUACGGGUGUCGCGGGUGCGGGGAUGGGGGGUCGUGCCAGCCUGCCGCUGGUGCGGUCACCCGCUACCGCUGCUGCUGCACAGCCAAAUGCAGCUCGAACCGGCCUGAACAACAGCUCUACCGCAGCUGCAAUGGCUAACAAAAACGCUCUGAAUACUACUACCACUCUUUCCGGCGGUGUACAGAUGCGCACAGCCAGCGGAAUGGGGAAAGCGUCCCGACUUGGUCUGAUACGCCCGUCGUCCGGAUACUUUAGCUACAACACGCACCGCAAGCACCCAGACUCCGAUAACGAGUCAGUCAAUAGCCUAUCAUCCUCAUCGGCUAGCUCACGGGGCAGCCUGUAUCGUGUAGAUAGUCAAAGCAUAGCGAACAGUGUACUCCAACCGCAACAGUACGCGAGCGCCACCCGAACCAAUAGUAUCGAGGACAUUAGCGGCGCUAGUACUGCUGGUGGUGGCGUACCGGGUAAUGGUUUGCUAACGAAACUUAAUGGCACCGGUGCAGGAAUGGGCCCAGGAGUGCUGAGCGCGUACGCUUCGAUUGAGCCACCGCUACCGAAGGCAGCCGUCCCAAGCGCUGCACCAACGUCAGCGACGACAGGUUUGAAGCAACCGGCGACAGCGGGUGGAGUGAAACCUUCCGGACUGAGGCCACCGUCCGCCAUCCGACCACCGACCGUACGCAGUGGCCUUCCACGUCCAACGAGCUACAUACGGCGAUAAAUUCAAUCACA